AAUGUUGAGGUUGCCGUUGCCCUGACAUUAGAACUAUUUAUUAUUUCUACAUCACAAACAAAUAUUCUGGACCGAAUGUUAUAUUCCGUAUUUAAAAUAAAUGCACUGCAAAAUAAGUCAGUCCAACGCAAGCCACGCUCUCCGGCAAAAGUAGUCAAGUGAAGUGCACGGAUCGUGUCCCGCCUUCUCCCGGACAAUGCCUGGAUCUCCCAGCUUGAAGCCCCUAACUCGGCUGCUGGAGAGCUCCCUGCCGGAAAAAUUGAAAUUGGGCGAGUACCAGGAUUUGUUGACUCAAGCCCUGAUUGCAACAAAUCACGUUCAGGACUGUGCAAUCAUAGAUGUGAAAAAUCACUCUAUGAUGUUAGCCUCCAGAGGAUUCAAAUUGGAUGCAGAGGAAAUUCAGGCCUUCCUGAAUGCUUUCACGCAAGCAGAUGUCAUUCGAGAAUAUGGCCUCUUGUUUAAGACUAUAAACUACACAUGUGUCAGAGCAGAUAGGAGUUCAAUAUAUGGUAAAAAUAAUAAUGAGGGCCUUGUGUUGGUAAAGACUGAAAUGUAUAUCAUCUGUGCUACUUACACAAGAGGGAUGUAUCCAAGUGUAUGCGUUGAAGCAGUGGAGAAAUUAGGUGAUUACUUCAAAUCAAAAGGCAAAUAAAAAGGAUCAAAGAUUGGAUUUACAGUGAUACACUUGGAUCCAAAUACACUGAACAUGUGAAGGGAACUUGAUAAAUAACGCUUAGAUUUUCUAAAGCCCACCAUAAGCUCCUCUCCAUCUACUUCUCUAGCAGAAACAAAGUCAACAUUUCAUCUGAAGACAUGAAAGUAUUCUUAAAAUCUAGCAUGGUUUAUGUAUUAUGACUGAAAAUAUUUUAGUUAUAGAAAUAGAAUUCAAAAUCAUGUUUAUUGUUUAUAAAUUCUGCAAUGUUGACCAUCUGUAAACUUCUAGAUUCAGAUUGACACUCCUCCUUGUAUCUUUGUAUUUGUAAGCUAAUUAAACUAUUACAAAUUAUAUAUGUAAUUAUUGUAUAUUUCCUUAUCAUCUGUUCACAAGGACUCAUCUUUGAUCAUGUGGUGCCAUAUUGUUAUGCUCAAUCCAAUACAAUUUCAAUGAAAUUU